AGUUUACUCAAGCAUGACUCCGAUGAUUAAGGCGUUGAGUCCAAACGAGGGCUGGAUCACGGGAAGUGAGACGAUCACUGUGAUUGGAGAAAAUUUCUUUCAUGGGCUUCAAGUAGUAUUCGGCAAUACUGCGGUAUGGAGCGAGCUCCUCACUCCACACGCACUGCGCGUACAAACACCCCCACAUCAUAUGCCGGGAAUCGUCGACGUGACGAUGGCGUUCAAAAAUAAGAUAUUUUGCAAAAAUAAUCCUGGUCGCUUCGCCUACAUAUCAAUCACGGAUCCCACAAUUGAUUACGGAUUCCAGAGACUGUGCAAAAUCAUUCCGCGACACCCAGGAGACCCGGAGAGACUGCCAAGAGAGAUAAUUCUAAAACGCGCUGCCGAUCUUGCCGAAGCGUUGUACACAAUGCCCGCGAGGAAUGCGGCAUUCGGUUCGGGAUUGUUUAAUUCCACACCAGAAUUCGGUAGUAUGGAGGAACGAGGGAGAUCUGAAACACUCUUGAGUAGGUCAUCUUCACCAAAACCUGUCGGACUAACUCGGUUAUCACAAAACUCCAACCUGGUAUCCGCUUCCUCGAUGAGUAAUUUCCUGGCAUUAUCGUAUCACAGUGGAAUGGCCUGUUCCCACUCAUACGAUAAUAUUGACCAGAUGAACAUGUCACAGGAUCCAAUGAUGCGGGACGUGCGAUCGAGUCAUGCACCCUAUGUAUUUGAGCACAAAAAUUUGGAGAGCAAUACAACGUGCACCCAACUACUCCGAUCGAUACCCAGCUCCACCUCUGGUAUUCAUGAUGAGACCAUUGGUGUUCGACCAAAUAGUCUCAGCAGCGCCGACAGCAGCGGUAUGGACAGCGUGCAAAGUGACCCAGCGGGGACUGGGAACAGUCAGAACAGUAACUGUGGUAGCCCCCUAUUGUCCUCAACAAUUCGAAAACCCAACAUAUUCCGCACGAGACUGAGUGAUAAUCAGGUUACCGAGUUUUUUCCUUCCAUGAGGCACAGUUUAAAAAGAACUCGAUGUGAGUGGACGAACAAUGAACGCGCGCAUAACUCAUGUGGGACAGUCGGCAAAUCGCAACUAUUAACACUCUGCGAAAAUGAGGAGGUUGAACUUGGGGAACCCGAUCGAACAUGUGCAGAUAACGUCCAUCAACCUGAACAUAACACACCCAUCGCCUCGUCAAAGAAUGCGAAUGAACCUUAUUCGGAAGAAACACACAGAGUUAAUGAUCGGUGUUUACCUACCACACAGGACCAGUUCACCCGGCCAUGCAGUGUGGAAACCACCCCUGGAUCGCGUAUUCUGAAGAGAAACGUCCAAAUUGGGAACUCGCAGAGUGUAGCGGUCAAUAGCCCAAAUGAAGCAAAUAAUCUGCAGGAACAGGUGAAAUCCGGAAUGAAGUUGCCAAGGGUCACGCAACAACUAACCACAUUGCUUCCGGCUAACACAGUGUGUGACCGUUCACCCGUUGCAUUUCUUUCCAUGGCCUCUUCAAACAUGGAAACAGCGAAUCAUCCGCCAGUUGUUGCUCAGCCGAGCAGCUCAAAGCAACCCAACAUGAAUGAGAACUGGCCAUCGAGUUAUUCAGAUACGGGUAUGCCAUCAAGUGUGACGGCCUCCGCGCUCUACUCGUUACAGGAGUUCUCCAAAAAUGGAAUUCCUCAAACCGCGGUAUGCGAUAGCGUAUUUGCAUCGGUCACAUCGGAUUCCUCGGCAACCAUCUUGAAAAGCAACACAUCCGUUUCCUCGAAACAGAAAUGGGAGCCAUUCGAAGUCGACCGCACUCAAACGUGACAAUCCUGAGAACUCGGUUCACCCCACUCUAUCACUCUGGCUGUGCGAAUGGACCCAUUUUGGCCCCAUAUCUUAUAUGUACAAAUCACAUGUAUAUUUCACUGUAAUUAAAAUAUUGUUUGCAUUCAGCAACCA